AUGACAGCUUCAUCGCACGAAGAUAACUUAGUGUUUGAAUGUUACAACGAUCCUGAACUAAAAAAGUGGACACACCUUGCUAAUGCAAAAGUUUGGAAAGGCAUUCUAACCGUGCAGCAGUACGUCGAUAGAGAAGAAUUGUUGGGAUCUUCAGAGAUAGCUCAGAAAAAUAAUGCAAAUGAGAUAAUGGAAAAAUAUCCAAAAAGUUAUCAAUGGCUUGGACAAAAAUACUUCAUUUUGAGGGACCGAUCUCUGCCGGACGAUGGAAAGUUCAGCCAAGUUGUCUCCAGUUGUGAAACACUAAACAGGAUUGGAUAUUGUAUUCAUCCAGGUUCUAACGAAAAAAUUGAACCCGCUUUCAUUGUAUGCAUUGGAGGCGUUUUUACCUUUGAAAACCAUCGCGGGAAAGGUUAUGCCAAGAGCAUGAUUUUAAGACUGAAUGAAUUUUAUGACCAAAUUCGUGAUGAAGCUAACAACGUGUUAGAAUUGAAAAACUUAGUCAUCAAUCUCUAUAGCGAAGUCGGGGAAUAUUAUUCUACACUAGGAUAUGAGAGUAUGCAUGUUCCUUUGCAUCGCCUCUCUAAGUUAGAUGAAUUAACUGAAAUGUAUUGUGGAGAAGGAGGUGACAGCGAUGGCCGGUAUUUAGGAUUUGAUGAUUACAGCGAUUUAGUUGAAUUACAUGAGGCACAGUUUAAAAAUAAUUUAUUAAGUUUACAUAAGAAGAAUCCAGAAAAAUUCAUCUUCACCGUUGCGCCAGACUUUGACAUUUUCAAGUGGUUCCAAUAUCGUGACCUUUUUAUUAUGCAGAAAUCAGAAAGAGAAAAGCGGCAAAAUCUGCACUUUGGAUACGCGUUGAGUGAUGACAGCCACAUCAUAUGGCAUCAUAAUUGGAACGGUGAUUCUCUGAUAAUUGUCAAAAUUCAUACCCCUGAAGAGACUCUUCAAAGAAAAGAAUUAAGACUUAAAAAGCUGCUAAAGAAGGCUAUAGAAGAAACAAAAGUUCAUGGAUUAAAAGAAUUAGAAUUUUGGGAUGAUGAAAUCCCUAUCAAACAGUUUCCAGAGCUGUUCCAGCUAUUGAAAAAGCUGGAAAAUGAAUCUAAAGUUUUCUCAGAAAACGGUUCUAUCAGUGCUGUCAGGCCACCAAAAGGGUAUGCGGCUGAACAGAUAAUUUGGGAUAAUAACACCAAAUUCUGUUGGUUUUAA